GCGCAGUUAUCUUCAAGAAUUCAUUUGAAUGCCUUCCCGAUUGAAGCUUUAGCUGAAAUUUGGUAUGAGUAAACUAUACUUAAUGAAUAAGAUGGUCAAAAAAUUUCAUCAAAAAUUUCCACCAGGAACCGCCCCAAAUGGCGAAGGCCGGACAUAGUCUCUUAUAUAAGGGCUUAUUUGACUUUUUUUGGUUAGUAAGUGGGCCUAUUUGCCCCUUUUCUCUGAAAAAAUUAUCUUACAUUUUUAUCCACCGUAAAUCGUUGCUCACUUGCUCUAGUCUGGUCUGGUAAAUGUAUGGUUGUUGUGUACUACGUAUUUUAUAACUAUGCAAAUCUGAUCAGAUCGGAUCCGUUUAAGAUUGGUAUAAUCUAGUUUAGUACUGAAAAUAAUUCAAGUAAAAACAUCCUAAAUAAUGUUUUGCUUUUUUACAUUAACAAUAACACCAAACAUUCAUUAAAUUACAAUAUAUUGAGUAUAUAUAAAUGAGUGAAAAGAGUAUAAAUGAGUGAAAAGAGAAUAGGGUUUAUUUGACUUUGCACCCUCAUUUAUUGAACAAAUUAGAUUUAGCACCCUCUUUAGAAAAACAUUAAUGUUUGCACCCCCUCCGUUAGAAAUCUGAUAACAGAGUUAGUCUUGCUUUGAAAUGACUAUAAGGCCCUUACUAAAACACCUCCUUCGUUAGAAGCCCAGCGAAUUUGAGAUGCAAAGCCUCGCAUCAGUCUUCGUUCUCGGCAACGCUUACAUGGAGUGAAAUAGGGUUUCUCUGCAAGAUGGAGAUGUUGAGCUCUCGUAAUGGAGUUGGUGAUAAAAUGGCAGAUUUCAUUGCCUCAGAAGAACGUGAGGAGAUAUUUCUAGACUCUGAAGCACCUGCACUAACACCAAGGGAAAGGAUGGAGAGGAUAUCUAAGACAUUGUCUGUGAAGAGAAAGAUUGACUCUUUACCAGAUGCAAUUAGGGUACCAUUUGGAGAGAAUAUCACUGCUGAAGCAAAUACCAAUGAUGAGUUUGGCAAUAUAUAUAUUGAAUUAGCUUCAUUGGCGCACUCUGCAAAUGAACAAACAGUUCCUGAUGUAUUUUAACAUUACCAAGGUACCCAAUUUGAGGAAAUUCUUGAUGGACUAGAUGGCUAUAAUAUGAAUGACUCGGAUGAUGAAUCGGAUGAUGUAAGCUAUGCUGCAGAUGAGUUGUCAAAUGAUGAGGUUCAGGGAGGCGAAAUGGAGGAAGUAGAAGGAACAAUAACAAGAAAUGAGGAGCAAAUUGGUACUGUGUUGAGUGGGUUUACACAAAAAUCAUUUCAAUGUGGUGAGGAAUGUUUUGAUAACCCGGAAUCUGAAAAAUGGGAGGACCAACUAUUGCUGGCAGUAGGAAAACAAUGGGUCACAAUGGAUCAUACCUUGGAAGGGACUAUUCCUCCAUUUGCAUCCAUACUUUUUUCAUCUCUACUAGUUUUCUCUACACUUAACAACCUUUUAUAGCAACAUAGGUGAAUAGGUGGUUAUAAGUUGCUAGAGGAGCAUUUAUGGGUCAUUUAUGGUUGUAUGUUAACUUUAUAUUGAUGGUAUUAUAGUUAAUAUCUAGGCUGGAAGAGCAGGUCAUUAUGAAGGCUAACUAAUGUUGUUCAAAUAUCAUUUAUUAAGUUGUAAUAAGGCAGCUAACUUUAAGCAGGUUUUUGUAGUUUUGUACUUUCUGAUUCUUGCAUUUAGUGCAGUUUUUUUUUGUACUUUCAGCUUUUGUUUGGGAAGUGUAAAUUUGGUGUGGAUGACUUUUUUAUGGUGUAUGUAUACUGAUGCAUUUGCUGGUGCAGAUCAGUCAUUAUAAGGCUGUUUUUUUUUUUUUGCUUUUUCAAAGCAAUUUCUUGGUGCUGGUAGUAACUUCUGCAUUUUUCCUUUUAGCUUUAGCUUAGAGAUGUAAAUAUGGUGCGUAGGACUUUUUUUCUGGUGCAGGUGCACUUCUGCAUUUGCUGGUGCAUAUAAGUCCUUCUU